AAUCAUAUAUGGCACAACGUUUCAAACGAUGGACCGAUGUGGUUUCGCGUAGGUAGCGGUAAGCUCGUGAAAUUAAUACGAACGACUGUGACCUGUGGGAAAAUCAAGGCCUUCAGUGAACUUAGCAGUAGCUGAAACCGGAAAGCGCCCUCAACAAGAUGCUGCGUACACAUCCUGAAGAAAACUGGCGCCCGUGCUGCGUUACUAAUAACAGGCGCCGUCGAUGCCGUCUACCAACACCCGCAUGGCCACGGAACCGCAUGUGUCGUCUGCUGAGGGUCUAGUGCCAAAGUGUACAUGAACUCGUGCAGCACGACGUCAAAUCGAGUGCCGAAGUGCAGGUGGCGCUAGCUGCACUGGAAAAUCGAGUGCUAAAGUGCUGCACCCCCUGAACUAGUGGAGAAAGUGCAGCCAAAUCGAGGAGACCUUUUAUUUCAUGUAUUCAUGUUUGUUGGCUUCUUACGAUAUGUCAAAUAAAAAUUGUACGUCGGUUUGGUUAAAACCAUAGUUAUAGUGAGAAACUCUCUGGUUAAAACAAUGCCUCAAUAGUUAAAACUAUUAGAUAUUCGAAGUCAACAAAACGAAGACCCUUCUAGCGACAUUGACACCGGUAAAGAAACAUGGAUCCUAUGACAUGUCGAGCGGCUGCUCGCAUUCUCGUGCAUUUCCGUCGUUUUCCGAACAGUAACUGGCGUCAUUACGCCAGUAAGGCAAGGCCCCACCCUGAGACCUUGGGCACGUAUCGUGCACUGCGCCACUUUGAUGAAUUCUAUGCGGCCAUGUUUGGUGAUGUGUGGCCCUCGGUGCGCCUGGCACUGCUGUGCCCCAACAAGCCCUGUGCCCUUUCCAACACGUUCUCGCUCGACACCGAGGACAUGCAGAAGCGGCUGCGGUCCCUCGGUGCUCUCAGCCUGCGCAACCUGUGUGAGCGCCGUGUGGCCACUGCCGCCAAGCCCCAGGACAGCGAACCUGCCACCAGGUGGGGCGUCAUGAGCAUCCCCUGUACGCGCACCUACAGCCUUUGCUUGGAGCUUGCCGAACCCCCCAUUGAAGAUGCGGCUACUGCCGACAGUGCCGCAAGCACAGAGCAGAGCUUUGACGAGCGCUCGCGCUACAUGCCAGCAAAUGACACAUCGCCCUCUCUCAUGAGCUUCGUGCCGAGCUCACGGCUUGUCUACCAAGAAGAUCAGAUCAGCGAGGACUCCUACCACGGCUUCUACAAGCCUGAUGCAGAUGUGCGCCUGCCCGUCAAGUGCUGGCCACUGGGCAGGGAACCCAUUUUCCGUGGGAAACUGGAUGUUGCCAUGUUUCCCACGGGUGACAUUUCGACAUUUCCCCCACCUCGCCGGAGUGGCAAGGAGCGGCUUCUCGACUAUUACCUGAUGGACGGUGCAUCCGUGCUGCCGGUGCUGGCCUUGGAUCUGCAGCAGGGUGAUGAGCUGGCCGAUCUGUGCGCUGCUCCUGGGGGCAAGCUGUUGGCGGCCCUGUGCACGGGACUCCUCGGCCGUGCAGUGGCAUGUGAUGCAUCGUCAUCCCGUGUGAAACGUCUGCGUGAGUGCCUCCGGAGCUACGUGCCAGAGAAGCAGCUGCACAAGGUCUCUGUGCUGCAUCACAACCUGCUUUCGCCUGGCUCUCUGGGCUGGCAGUUUGACAAGAUCCUGCUUGACGUUCCGUGCACCAACGACCGUCUGUCCGUGGCCGAGGACGACAACAACUGGUUCAGCCAAAAGCGGCAGCAGGAACGGCUCGAGCUGCCCCAGCGGCAGAUGGACAUGCUGUGCCAGGCACUGCCCCUGCUGCGCUUUGGUGGCAGCCUGGUGUACUCCACCUGCUCCCUGUCGCCCAUUCAGAACGAUGGCGUGGUGCACAUGGCACUGCAACAGCUUCAGCGCACCAGUUCGGCCCAGUAUGCUGUCGUUGACCUGUCCGAGGCAUUUGCCCCGCUACCCUUUCGCUUCUUCGAGGGCUGUCGCUACGGGCAGCUGGCACUGCCGUACCUGCCCAACAAUGUGGGACCAUUAUAUGUGGCGCGCAUCGAGCGUAUACGCUAAUAACACCUCGGGUAACCCUGUGUAGAGUGACAUUCUGGGCUGGCAUCUGCCAAGUGAGGCCGUGGGGGUGACUGGAGAUGGCGCUGAACAGUUUCUCUAUGUAGAUGCCAACUAGUCUUUUUAUUGGUCAUUCAAAGUCCUUGUCCUCAGCAUGAUGUUGGAGAGCACGUUGUGGUCUGCACACACAUGUGCAGUUAUCUCUCGAAACUUGAGCUUUUCAUUUCCGUUUCAGUAGAGAGGAAUGCAUCUAGCUCCUUGGAAAUAUACAGGCCUUAGUCUGGAAAACAGUAGAUUCCUGGUUCAGCACACUCGAGAACUGCAGGGCUUUACGUAUGCAAGAGGCGUGUCUGUCUGGAUGCAUUCUGUACCAACAUGUCUGAAGCACGGCUAUUCUUGAAGAGCUCAGACUAUUAGAAUCAACAAGACCAGAGCUUGUUGUACAACAAUCAUGGGUCUUCUGCUGGUUGCCGCCAGCAUUAAAGAAAUACUGAUACCUAUUUUCGCAGUUGUAGCAGUUCUAUCUACACUUCUCGCAUGUAAAAGAAUCACACUUGGCCAGUAUGAGAGUUUCAAAAUUCUCGAUAUAACGAAGCAUGUAAGUUUUCAUGACCUCUUUCCCAUAUUGAAAAGAUUUUGCACCAAAAAAAAAAGCAACACACACAAGAAAGACGAUGACACCAUGGCCGCUAGUGGUGCCCAGCAGUUAACUAGCCUAGCAGUUAACUCUUCUCAGGUAUCUUUCCCAUAUACAGCAUGUAUUAGUACCUCAAUAUAACAAAGUGUGUGUGUGCGAUUUCAAUAUAACGAAAUUUUACUGCCGCCGCAAAAGAAUGCGGAGACAAUAAAUUGAAACUUCCGCUGAUGCAGAUGGUCAAAUGAUUUAAUUACAAGCAGCGCUUGCAAACGCACCUCUGAAAUCGUGCGCCGCACGACAAGAGCGACCGCCGAAGUGGAGCCGCAUCAUGUUCCAUACGAAGUACGAGCACGAUAAGAUCCUAUCGUGCCCUGUGCACUGUGUGCUUUAGGUGCGAGUGAAAGUGUGCGAGGCUGAGACAAGAAAGGUGGUGGCUUCACGAGUGACCUGCGCGAGCGAAGGGAAAGAGAGGGAAGAGACGCAAUUAACCACGCGAGGGGGGGGGCGCCCCCCCCCCUCGCGUGGUUAAUUGAGGUAAGCUGGGGUAAGUUGGCGCGCAUCUCGGCCGUGGCUGCACACAAGCGCGGCUAAGCGCAUAUGCAGCCGCGCACCCUGCCUUAGAGGUAAUCUGCCGCGUGUGCAAAGAGUGGGCAUGCCGAGACGGCGUGGCACAAUGUAAGCUAUCCAAUCGCGCAUGUAGUAUUGGAGGUUGCGUAAUCUCGAGUUUCAGCAACCCCUUGGAGCGAGAGUCAAACGAAGCAUCCACUCCCCGCUGCCACCGCUUUUCCCAAUAGCAUCGUCCCAGAGCGGGCAACACCAUCAGCCGCAGGGGCAGAGCACAUGCAAAAGUGUGACUGGCUUUGCUUAAUUCGUGCUGCCGAUGUGAAGAUAUUGUCGACGUGCAUGGCAUGACGCCGUAUCAUUCAUCGUCGACUCCCAAAUUUAUCAAAAUUAAUUAUGUCAAUCAAAUUUGCUUUUCCUAGAUUGCCCGAUAAUUCAAAAAAUUCUGCGGCCCCUUUCCAAGUAAGAAAAAUUUAUCGGCGACUGUGCUUAUUUGCAUAAAAGGUCAAAUUUCAAUAGAACUAAAUUUCGAUAUAACGAAGCAAAUUGCCAAUUUUACCAACUUCGUUAUAUUGCGGUUUAACUGCACUUCACCCCUUUUGUGCCACACUAUUCGUAUCCCAAAAAUGGGUAAAAUAUUUUUCAGGACCCCAGUUGCCAACAUGUUCCUCUACCAAAACAAACUCGCUCCUGCUUGCUCUGCCACAUAAAUACUGUGCUGUCAUCUACCAGUAGCACAGCAAAGCACUGGCACAAUACGAGCUCGUCCAUGGCAUUGCUGCAAAAUGAAACGUACCACUGACGAGCUGGCGAGGUAUUCUGUAAGAGUCCACCUAGCGGAUUGUCCAUUUCGGUUGCUGAUGAUUUGAUGCAGGUGUGCGAGCGAGGAGGAGAUGAACGGUCCCAGCCAGUCAGCAGCAACUCAAAUGGACAGUCAACUAAGUGGACUCCUACAGAAUACCUCCCUUGAGCUCAUCCUUGGCCAUUUUUUACCACAAACACACGGACGAACCCACUGCUUGGCCUGCCGUAUACUAGACGGUUCUACUCGCGCGAUAACUGCAGCGAGAGUGCGCCCCCAAGAAACUUCCAGUCACGAGCCUUAUGAGUCUACAGCACCAGAACACAAAGCACGUUUUUAAGUUGUUUUCCCGUCGGAAAGUAUAUCUUUAAGUUUUCGGAUAAAAGACUUACGCAUUACACCUCAAGACAAAUACAUAAAAAACUUUGUGUAAUGUAAGGCAACAUUCACUUGUAAAAUUGUUCUUAUGUACAAAGGAAAACUGUAGAAAAUCUACGGGCUUAGAUUUUAAUGCACUCUUGCUAGUCAAUAUCGUAGCCAAUGCCUUUCUUGCUCGCAAAAUUUCGCAGUCUCCGUCAAUGAGCAAAACGGAAACCAUCCUGGGCCUAUGGUUGUAAACAGUGAAAGGGUCUAUAGAAGAGGUAAAGUCUCAGCAUGCUGGACCUGCCGUCAUCGGCGUUGUCACAACCUGAAGUCACAGGGCAGAUUUGCUGACAUCAUGUGGCUAGAUAUGAUGACGUUGCUACUAAACAAUCUAAAAUACUGAACUACAGUUCUCUGCAUGUUUCUUAUGGCUGCACUUGCAUGUAGCAGCCAGAGGGAUUGCAGGAACAGGACAAGUCAGUACAGAAUGAUUCCACGAGAGAUCAAACAUGCAUGUCUGCUUGAUAUUUUUGUUUUGGUUUUCUUUUAUGUCAUAUCAUCAUCAGCCUGGUUACGCCCAAUGCAGGGCAAAGGCCUCUCCCAUACUUCUCCAACUACCCUGGUCAUGUACUAAUUGUGGCCAUGUUGUCCCUGCAAACUUCUUAAUCUUAUCCGCCCGCCUAGCUUUCUGCCGCCUCCUGCUAUGCUUCCCUUCCCUUGGAAUCCAGUCCGUAACCCUUAAUGACCAUCGGUUAUCUUCCCUCCUCAUUACAUGUCCUGCCCAUGCCCAUUACUUUUUCUUGAUUUCAACUAAGAUGUCAUUAACUCACGUUUGUUCCCUCACCCAAUCUGUUCUCUUCUUAUACCCCCCGCAACGUUACUCCCAUCAUUCUUCUUUCCAUAGCUGGUUGCGUCGUCCUCGAUUUAAGUAGAACCCUUUUCGUAAGCCUCCAAGUUUCUGCCCCGUACGCGAGUACUGGUAAGACACAGCUGUUAUACACUUUUCUCUUGAGGGAUAAUGGCAGUAAAACACGUUGUGGGGCUAGUUGGUGCAUAGCUUUCAAUAGAUUAAGCGCCAAAAGUGACGGCACACAAGAAGAAAUACAGACGGGACAAGGCGCUACUUGCAACUGUUUAUUGAAAUGACAGGUGGCUGAUUAUAUAGCCAUGAGGAGAGGGGAACGAAAAAAAGGAGGGACACUAAAUAUGUGACUGCGCACGUGCGAGAACACUGAAGAUAGAGGGAAUCAUGCUUAAUCUAAAUCUAAAACUUAUCUAAAAACAUACUUUCAUUCGAGUAUAUAUUCAAAGACGGGGUACUGAUACAGUUGUCCCCUCUUUUCUUAAUCUCGUUGGCCUCCAACAAUUCCCGCGCAACAGAAUCUCUACUUUUAUACAUGAUUGUCGUAUCAUGAAGCCUCGCUUCACAUACCCGUUCAUCCUCAUUUCCGCAGGCCUUGCAAUGAAGCGGCAGGUUUGAACCAUAUCCAUUUUUCAAUGAUAGCUUAUGCUCCCGCAGGCGUUCAUUAAUACAUCGCCCAGUUUGGCCGAUAUACUCUUUUCCACACUUCAUUGGUAUGUGGUAUACUACCCCUUCUUCACACUUAACGAAGGGGUUCGUAUGUUUAAUAGAACACCCUACUUUUUUUGAGUCAUCCGGACCAAUUAGGCGGCACAAUGUAGCAAGCUUUCGCGGCGCGGAAAAAACCACAGGAAUUUUGUAUUUCACAGCGACAUGUUUCAGAUUAUGCGCCACUUUAUGAGAAUAUGGUAUCACCACCGCUUUACCUUUCUUUUCGACUGUUAGACCUUCUUCACUUCUUUUUCUUUCUUUUUUGAGUUUUUUCAGUAACGCCUCUGAAACUGCGCUUAAAGCCAAGCAAGGAAAGCCAGCCUUCCUCAACUUCAAAAUCUGGUCGUCAAAGCUUGCUUGUGCCUUAUGACAGCAUGAUUUUUUCAGUGCGGAUUCUAGGCACAUAGUGGCAAUUGCUCGUUUAACAGUCUUGGAGUGUGUAGACUCAUACGGCAACACCUCUUUGCGGGCACGGGGUCGGUACAUCCAGCAGGAGCCUUCGUCAGUAAGGGUUAUGUUAAGAUCUAAAAACUGCAAGCUGUUAUCCUUGGCUAGUUCGAAAGUAAAAUCUAAGCCUUUUCCUUGCUGUUUAAAAUCAGUUAAAAUGCCCUGCACAGUAUGAGAGUAAGUCAAGGGAGAUCGUUCCGUCAGUAAAAUUAAAAAAUCGUCAACAUACCUAAAAACCUUGAGCACAUUGCCUCCGUCAAACACCUUCGAUAGCGCUCUGUCGAUGCCCGCAAGGAAAAUGUUGCAAAGUACGGGAGCCACGCACGAGCCAAUACAAAUUCCUUUCCUUUGCACAUAAAAGUGGCCUUGAAAACACACAGCCGUUGAGCACAAAUAAAACUCCAAGAGUGCCAUGAAGUUAUCCACGGAAAUUCCUGCUGUAUUUUGAAAGGAUACCUGCCCGUUCAUCUCAAUGCAGCUCAGGACGGCAGCUAACAAUUCUUUUUGCGGAAUAGAAUAAAAAAGGUCAACAACAUCUAUUGAGAACAAGCAUCCUAUCGACUGGGACUCACGUAAAAAGGCUAUGACGUCAAAACUAUUCUUUACCAUGAAUGGGUCAUCUAUAACCAACGUGUUAAGCUGCUUUAGAAGGUAGCGGCUAACGUUGUUUUGCCAGGAAGCUCUUUCACUUACAAUACAUCUGAACGGUAUAUCAUCUUUGUGCGUUUUUGCAGUAAAGAAUACAUUUAAACAGUUUUUUCUACAUUUCUGGACGCUACUAGCCAGCUUCUGUAGUCCAAGGUCUUCACAUAAAGAUAUGGCACGGCUCUUUUCCUUACUUGGCUUGAGUUUCGUCACCUUGAAAUUCUUCUGGAUGGCUUGUAGAGCCUUUUCGUUAAACAUGCCCGACGGCAUGGCCACGAACCCUCCUUCUUUGUCGGCCUGCAGGAGUCGAAGGUCAUUGUCGUUGAAAAAAUUCACGAUACGUCUUGUGGGGGUUCUUGGACGAGUUCCUUUCUUAGACACCGUUCUGGUCAGGCUGUCAACUCCGUCCAGCAGACACCUUUCCUUAUCCUCUGGUGCAGCUUUGUUGGAAAUCCUUCUAUUCAGGGAAAGAAGCUCAUGUCCCGGGAUCCUGACCUUCGACUCCUGCAGGCCGACAAAGAAGGAGGGUUCGUGGCCAUGCCGUCGGGCAUGUUUAACGAAAAGGCUCUACAAGCCAUCCAGAAGAAUUUCAAGGUGACGAAACUCAAGCCAAGUAAGGAAAAGAGCCGUGCCAUAUCUUUAUGUGAAGACCUUGGACUACAGAAGCUGGCUAGUAGCGUCCAGAAAUGUAGAAAAAACUGUUUAAAUGUAUUCUUUACUGCAAAAACGCACAAAGAUGAUAUACCGUUCAGAUGUAUUGUAAGUGAAAGAGCUUCCUGGCAAAACAACGUUAGCCGCUACCUUCUAAAGCAGCUUAACACGUUGGUUAUAGAUGACCCAUUCAUGGUAAAGAAUAGUUUUGACGUCAUAGCCUUUUUACGUGAGUCCCAGUCGAUAGGAUGCUUGUUCUCAAUAGAUGUUGUUGACCUUUUUUAUUCUAUUCCGCAAAAAGAAUUGUUAGCUGCCGUCCUGAGCUGCAUUGAGAUGAACGGGCAGGUAUCCUUUCAAAAUACAGCAGGAAUUUCCGUGGAUAACUUCAUGGCACUCUUGGAGUUUUAUUUGUGCUCAACGGCUGUGUGUUUUCAAGGCCACUUUUAUGUGCAAAGGAAAGGAAUUUGUAUUGGCUCGUGCGUGGCUCCCGUACUUUGCAACAUUUUCCUUGCGGGCAUCGACAGAGCGCUAUCGAAGGUGUUUGACGGAGGCAAUGUGCUCAAGGUUUUUAGGUAUGUUGACGAUUUUUUAAUUUUACUGACGGAACGAUCUCCCUUGACUUACUCUCAUACUGUGCAGGGCAUUUUAACUGAUUUUAAACAGCAAGGAAAAGGCUUAGAUUUUACUUUCGAACUAGCCAAGGAUAACAGCUUGCAGUUUUUAGAUCUUAACAUAACCCUUACUGACGAAGGCUCCUGCUGGAUGUACCGACCCCGUGCCCGCAAAGAGGUGUUGCCGUAUGAGUCUACACACUCCAAGACUGUUAAACGAGCAAUUGCCACUAUGUGCCUAGAAUCCGCACUGAAAAAAUCAUGCUGUCAUAAGGCACAAGCAAGCUUUGACGACCAGAUUUUGAAGUUGAGGAAGGCUGGCUUUCCUUGCUUGGCUUUAAGCGCAGUUUCAGAGGCGUUAUUGAAAAAACUCAAAAAAGAAAGAAAAAGAAGUGAAGAAGGUCUAACAGUCGAAAAGAAAGGUAAAGCGGUGGUGAUACCAUAUUCUCAUAAAGUGGCGCAUAAUCUGAAACAUGUCGCUGUGAAAUACAAAAUUCCUGUGGUUUUUUCCGCGCCGCGAAAGCUUGCUACAUUGUGCCGCCUAAUUGGUCCGGAUGACUCAAAAAAAGUAGGGUGUUCUAUUAAACAUACGAACCCCUUCGUUAAGUGUGAAGAAGGGGUAGUAUACCACAUACCAAUGAAGUGUGGAAAAGAGUAUAUCGGCCAAACUGGGCGAUGUAUUAAUGAACGCCUGCGGGAGCAUAAGCUAUCAUUGAAAAAUGGAUAUGGUUCAAACCUGCCGCUUCAUUGCAAGGCCUGCGGAAAUGAGGAUGAACGGGUAUGUGAAGCGAGGCUUCAUGAUACGACAAUCAUGUAUAAAAGUAGAGAUUCUGUUGCGCGGGAAUUGUUGGAGGCCAACGAGAUUAAGAAAAGAGGGGACAACUGUAUCAGUACCCCGUCUUUGAAUAUAUACUCGAAUGAAAGUAUGUUUUUAGAUAAGUUUUAGAUUUAGAUUAAGCAUGAUUCCCUCUAUCUUCAGUGUUCUCGCACGUGCGCAGUCACAUAUUUAGUGUCCCUCCUUUUUUUCGUUCCCCUCUCCUCAUGGCUAUAUAAUCAGCCACCUGUCAUUUCAAUAAACAGUUGCAAGUAGCGCCUUGUCCCGUCUGUAUUUCUUCUUGUGUGCCGUCACUUUUGGCGCUUAAUCUAUUGAAAGGAUAAUGGCAACCUGCUGUUCAUGAUCUGAGAAUGCCUGCCAAACGCACCCCAGCCCAUUCUUAUUCUUAUGAUUAUUUCCGUCUCAUGAUCCAGAUCUGCCGUCACUACCUGCCCUAAGUAGAUGUAUUCCCUUACCACUUCCAGUGCCUUGCUACGUAUCGUAAACUGCUGUUCUUUUCCAAGACUGUUAAACAUUACUUUAGUUUUCUGCAGAUUAAUUUUUAGACCCACCCUUCUGCUUUGCCUAUCCAGGUUAGUGAGCAUGCAUUGCAAUUGGUCCCCUGAGUUACUAAGCAAGGCAAUAUCAUCAGCCAAUCGCAAGUUACUAAGGUAUUCUCCAUUAACUUUUAUCCCCAAUUCUUCCCAAUCCAGGUCUCUGAAUAGCUCCUGUAAACACGCUGUGAAUAGCAUUGGAGAUAUCGUAUCUCCCUGCCUGACGCCUUUCUUUAUUGGGAUUUUGUUGCUUUCUUUAUGGAGGACUACGUUGGCUGUGGAGCCGCUAUAGAUAUCUUUCAGUGUUUUUACAUACGGCUCGUCUACACCCUGAUUCCAUAAUGCCUCCAUGACUGCUGAGGUUUCGACUGAAUUGAACGCUUUCUCGUAAUCAAUGAAAGCUAUAUAUAAGGGUUGGUUAUAUUCUGCACAUUUCUCUAUCACCUGAUUGAUAGUGCAAAUAUGGUCUAUUCGUGAGUAGCCUUUACGGAAUCCUGCCUGGUCUAAGGUGUUCCUGAUUCUAUUUGCGAUUACUUUAGUAAAUACUUUGUAGGCAACGGACAGUAAGCUGAUCGGUCUAUAAUAUUUUCAAGUCUUUGGCGUCCCCUUUCUUAUGGAUUAGGAUUAUGUUAGCGUUCUUCCAAGAUUCCGGUACGCUCUAAGUCAUGAGGCAUUGCGUAUACAGGGUGGCCAGUUUUUCUAGAACAAUCUGCCCACCAUCCUUCAGCAAAUAUGCUGUUACCUGAUCCUCCCCAGCUGCCUUCCCCCUUUGCAUAGCUCCCAAGGCUUUCUCUACUUCUUCUGGCAUUACUUGUGAGAUUUCAAAUUCCUCUAGACUAUUCUCUCUUCCAUUAUCGUCAUGGGUGCCACUGGUACUGUAUAAAUUUUUAUAGAACUCCUCAGCCACUUGAACUAUCCAAUUCAUAUUGGUAAUGAUAUUGCCGGCUUUGUCUCUGAACGCGUACGUCUGAUUCUUGCCUAAGCCAAGUUUCUUCUCCACUGCUUUUAGGCUACCUCCGUUCCUGAGGGCAUGUUCAAUUCUAUCCAUAUUAUACUUCCUUAUGUCAACUAUCUUACGCUUGUUGAUUAACUUGGAAAGUUCUGCCAGUUCUAUUCUAGCUGUAGGGUUAGAGGCCUUCGUACAUUGGAGUUUCUUGAUCAGAUCUUUCGUCUCCUGUGAUAGCUUACUGGUAUCCUGUCUAACGGAGUUGCCACAGACUUCUAUUGCAGACUCCUUAAUGAUGCGCAUAAGAUUGUCGUUCAUUGCUUCAAUACUAAAGUCCUCUUCCUGAGUUAAAGCCGAAUACCUGUUCUGUAGCUUGAUCCGGAAUUCCUCUAUUUUCCCUGUUACCGCUAACUCAUUGAUCGGCUUCUUAUGUACCAGUUUCUUCCAUUCCCACCUCAAGUCUAGGUUAAUUGGAGUUCUUACCAUCCUAUGGUCAUUGCAGCGCACCUUGCCGAGCACGUCCACACCUUGCAUGAUGCCAGAGUUAGCGCAGAGUAUAAAUUCUAUUUCAUUUCUAGUCUCGGCAAUCGGGCUCCUCCACGUCUACUUUCGGCUAUCCCGCUUGCAGAAGGUAUUGAUUAUCCGCAUGUUAUUCUGUUCUGCAAACUCUACUAGUAACUCUCCCCUGCUAUUCCUAGUGCCUAUGCCAUAUUCCCCCACUGCCUUGUCUCCAGCGUGAUUCUUGCCUACCUUGGCAUUGAAGUCGCCCAUCAGUAUAGUGUAUCUUGUUUUGACUUUACCCAUCGCCGACUCCACGUCUUCAUAAAAGCUUUCGACUUCUGGCCUGGUCAUCAUGACUGGAUGUAGGGGCGUAAACCUGUACAACCUUCAAUCUGUACCUCUUAGUAAAUUUCACAAGACCUGCCACCCUCUGGUUUGUGCUAUAUAAUUCCUUUAUGUUACUGACUAUAUCCUUAUUAAUCAGGAAUCCGACUCCCAGUUCUCGUCUCUCCGCUAAGCCCCGGUAGCACAAAACGUGCCUGCUUUUUGCACAGUAUAUGCUUCUUUUGUCCUCCUAACUUCACUGAGCCCUAUUACAUCCCAUUUGCUGCCCUCUAGUUCCUCCAAUAGCACUGCUAGACUUGCCUCACUAGAUAAUGCUCCAGCGUUAAACAUUGCCAGGUUCAGAUUCCAACGGCGGCCAGUUCGGACCCAGGUAUUGUUAGCACCAUGUCAUGUAGGAAUAUUCAAACUGCAUGGAACCAAAUUUUUGUUCCUGAAAAGCAUUCCCAGCAAUCCAAAAAAAAUAUUUGAAGGUGGUGGCACAAGCAUCCUCCUAUUACUUACGAUAUUUUCUCAUUUCACGGCCAAAUUAAACGUAAAGUGCAAAAAAAAGUGUCAAAACACUUCUCGUUUUAAUAUGCUUCGCAGUAAAUUAGUUCCAUGCAUUUUUUAUGCUGCCCACUAACGAAAAAGAUAUGUAAAAAAUUCCAUACAUUGCCCAAAUCAGAAAAAGUUUGCAACAUUGAUGCGUUUUUGCACAUCUUCUAUUUCACACAAACUUAAAAAUGUCAAGCACGAAACAUUCUCUGCAACAUUAAUGCAAAAUAUUACCUUACAUAAAACACAAGAGAAGAAAAAGAUGGUUAAAUAAACAAGUUUUUUUUUUAA